AUGUUGUUCGACAGGAUAAAUACCUUUACAAAGAGCAGCAAUGAGCCGCUGAUGAAAGUUCAGGCCACAAACAAUGAUUCUGAAGCUAUCGGCGAGACAACCAUCGAAAACACGAAACCGGAAAGUUCGAGGCGUUCCCCUCGUGGAGUUCUUCCAAUCCAUCCCUCACAUUGGCCGCAACUUCCACUGAUGAUUCGGCCAUCUCCCAAUACUUCCACAGAAAUUCGUGGAAUAAGGUAUUCUUCUGGAAAGAAUGCUGAUGAGGUCAAAGGUUUUUCAAACCAAGUGCUUCCUAUCAAUACAGGGAGAGAGGAACAGGGAUCUUGCCUUGUUGUGGAUUUUGAGUCUGUUUACUUUGUUGGAGAGUUACUUCUUAGAAUCAAAGGUGCACCUGAGCUGCCAAAGAACAGUUACCAUCCAGAGAGUUACUUUGAUGGAAAGAAGCGAACGUUUCAAGCCGUUGUGCGUGGAAAAUUCAAGGAACCUUUAUCCAUGUGCCAUUGUGUAACUGGACAAACGUUUGAUCGCAGAGGACAUUUGCCAUCACAGUGGAUUGUCAAUUCAUUCCUCAAGAUUGUCUCUCUGUUGGCUCCGCAACUUGAGGUCGAUCUCGGCAGUGCCCACCCACGUUUCCUCUCACCAUUAGUAGCAACAGCACAAACAGUCCGUGUUGAUCGUGAUUCGGCAUCAAAACAGCGAGAAAGCAUCGACGGUGUUAUCAUUGAAGCGCCCUCUUCGGACCCAUUAUCCAUCUUGUGGGAAGGUGAAUCGAGUUCAGAGGAAUUCGACAGCUCUCAAGAAACAACAUCCAUUUCAUCACGAAUGAAGAAGCGAAAAAAAGUAUUCAACCAAGUGGCAGCAAGAAAGGAUGAGGACAAGAGGUUCUCUACCGAACAUGAGUACACAUUUGAAUUUUUUCAGCAUAUGCUUGACUUCAACGACGACAUCCACAUCAACAUGAGUCGACCAGUUGGCAAUGUGAGCGUUUCCCAAAUGACUGAUGGACAGCCAAUCAAGUGCAUGAGCGCGUACAAUAAUCCAGCGACAAGAGAACUGGAAACACUAUGGAGCUUUGACAUGUGGCAUGAGUCUUUCUAUCAGUUAGCGAAAGAUGCCCAGGAGCGAGGAGCUUGA